UAUGAAGUGCGCAACAUCAGUGUUAUGUACGUUGCUGAUUCUGUGCCAAAUUAUUGGUCGGUCACUUGAAUUGAGCCACGAUUUUGUGCCUAUUAGCGAGGAAAUACUUAGUAAGUGCGAGGACAAGCCGGAAAUGGGCUAUUUGGAUGAAUUUGCGGAUUUUUCCCACUUCAUUCGCAAAAGGAGUUCUUCUGGAAUUAAUAUAUCAGGAAACAUCACAACGAAAUGGGAUGUAAGCCCAUCGGAUAUCGUCGAGGUUGAUGUUACCAUACUAAAGCUGGAAGGAAAUAAGUGGAAACCGACAGCAUUUAAAGGGAAUGUUAAUGAUUUGUGCAAGUCCUUUUACGACAAGAACACUAUUUAUUAUCCCUAUACGACACAACACGUGGUUAACAGGAAGACAGUGAAGGAAAAAUGCAUUAACACUCCAGGAACUACAUUGCUGUUGGAGCCCUUUGUCUUGAAAAUAUCAUUCAGCUACGCAGUUCCUCUAAGUGUGGGACGCCACAAGGCCGUUCUCGUAUUUUCUGCCAUUGACAAAGCCGGCGUUAAGCGUCCUCGGGAUACAUGCCUGGAAAUUGUCGGUGACAUUGUAAAUGCCUAAUCGCAGGUACAUAGUCUUGUUCCGUUGAUAAUUUGCUCUGAAUUUGAUUAAUCGUAGUAAUGAUAUCGAUUUUGGUGAAGGGAAUAUUUUUGCGACAAUAUAUUAUUUGCAACAAA